ACAACAACGAAACACUGGCUGUAUUACUAAUUAUUUGAUUUAUUUUCACACGAAAAAGAAAAUUUUCCAUUAGUUAUUUGUUUACACUGAAGACUUAACUUUUGUUUUUAAAGCCUUGGAGCACGAGAGGUCACGAAGAAAGUUAGGACUUUUGACCCCACAGAAGAAAAAAUCUGGGACCCAUUGAUCAGUCAAUGGCCCGUGUCCUUUCCCUGUUCCGGCCUCAGCCUAUUCAGGCCCUCAUGGGCAGGUGGAAACCUGCAUUCUGCAAAAUGUCAAUGGACUCACGAGCGCGGGAAGUUUUCGCAGCUGCCGUGGAAACGGUGCAGCCAGACACAGUGGUCAGACAGAGUGUAGAGCGCCAGGAGGAUUCAGUCCUCAUUGAUGGUCACCGAUUUGUGCUCAAACACAACCUGCACGUGGUGGGCUUCGGGAAGGCCGUCCUGGGCAUGGCUGCUGAGGUAGAGAGGAUCAUGGGCGAUCACUUAGUGAGAGGGGUCAUAAGUGUACCACGCGGGAUUCAGCAGACAUUACAGCAGCAUGGAAAAGACCACCUCUUACUGAAAGAAAACAGUCGAAUCAAAGUAUUGGAGGGGGCUAAGCAUAACUUACCCGAUGAAGAUGCUCAGAGAGCGGCCGAAGGCAUCAAACAGUUAGCCAGUGAGCUGACAGAAAAAGAUUUGCUGCUCGUACUCAUUUCAGGUGGAGGCUCUGCUUUAUUACCAGCACCUAUACCUCCGAUUUCAUUGCAAGAAAAAUUUGAUGUUACUCGCAGACUUGCAGCGGCAGGUGCCACCAUUCAAGAGCUGAACAAAGUGCGUCGAUCCCUUUCUUUGUUGAAGGGCGGAGGGCUUGCACAUUACGCUCACCCCGCACAGGUGGUUGCACUAAUACUGUCUGACGUGAUCGGGGACCCACUCGAUUUGAUCGCCAGUGGCCCCACAGUGAGAAGUGAAGUGUGGCCCGAAGAAAUCUUGUCCAUUCUUGAACAUUACAAGCUGCGGGACUCCCUACCAAAAUCAGUGAAGGAUGUCCUUGCGAGACAGGGUCCCCAGUGGAAAGAGAGUAAGGACGAAUAUGAUGCGUCGGGCGAUGUUCUGAAUGUCGUGAUUGGCUCCAACACCGUUGCCCUCAAGCACGCAGGUCGCCGUGCACGAGAGCUGGGUUUCCGUCCUGUUGUCCUUUCACCAGGAGUGUGUGGCGACGUGAGGUCUGUCUCCAAAGUUUAUGGCCUUCUGGCUCGUUUUGCCUGUUCUCGAGAGGAACCUCCUCCAGAGAUCGCAGCUGAGGUGCUCAGGCUCGGGCCGAGCAUAGGGAUGGAGACCUGGGAUCUGUGUCGUACUAUGCAUGUAUUAGAUGAGGGGCGUAAAGAGGGAUGGGGGGCCACGUGUUUGUUAGCCGGUGGGGAGCCCACCGUGGAACUGACAGGCAAAGGUCGAGGUGGUCGAAACCAGGAGCUGGCUCUACGAGUGGGACUAGAGUUGAAAGGCCUGGAGCUCCCACCUAAGGGUCCUUUGUUUCUGAGCGGUGGCACUGAUGGUCAGGAUGGACCCACCGAGGCAGCGGGGGCCAUCACUGAUGGAGGACUGUAUGAUGAAGCCCAAGCACAGGGGUUGGACAUUGAUAACAUCCUCAGUAACAAUGAUUCUUUUACAUUUUUUUCUCAUCUCUUAGCUGGACAGCGUUUACUAGUCCCUGGCCUCACCUGCACGAAUGUCAUGGACGUGCAUAUGCUAAUAAUUCCAUCAAUUCCCAUUACAAUUAGCUAAUUCACAAGCACAAGGCCAUAAAAAUGAGUGGAAAAACAAAAAGAAAAAACAUUAAACCUAAAUUUGAGGUAAUCUGAGUUCAAUUGACCACCAACAUUUUGGAUCUGUAGUUUUGCUACUUUUAAUUCUAACUAGAGCUUACAUUUAAAAUGAAAAUCUCACCAAAGUAUGCAGAGUUACCAACAAUUAUAUGUCAGAGUUAUCCGAACAUUACAGCGAUCUUGUUAGGUUUAUUAGUUUAGUUUAUGAGGACUGAACUAAAUGCUAAGAAAAAUCCACUUUGGAUUUUUUAGGGCAUCCAUUUUUAAAAUCGUGGUUCAUGGCAGGCUUGAUCAGAUAUUGAUAGUGGUAAAAGUCAGAUGUCUAUUUUUCUACUACUAGCCAAAAUAAUAUUAAUGAACAUGGUAAUAACUUCAUUUUUGCAGCAGUCUUACCUAGAAUCGCAAAUAUCCUAAUAGUGUUGUUUGCCAAGAUUUUAAUCAAUGCAGUGUAUUGCCCUUCGACUUGUGGACUCCACAUCUAGUAAAUAUGGUUGUCAUAUUUAUUUGUACUUUUCACAGCAAGUAUUUUCAUGCUAUAUAUAUUAAGAGGAUGAAUCUUUUCUGAACCCUUUUUGCUACUGAAAGCAUGCUUCAGGUAUAUGACAGAUAUGUUUAUUGAAAAUAAAGACAAUAAAUGUGUUUCACAUUU